UCUCACCCAUCUCUGGAUAAAGUGACUGACUUGUUUACUUGAACCGAAACUCACUUCAUUUCAUAUUGAGGACAUCGGCAGACGACACUUGAGUGGAGCAGACGAACAUUUCAAGAAGACAGAAGUCGGACGCUUUGAUUGUCGGAAUUCCGGUGCACUUGAUUCCCCAAAGAGGAAAUCAAGCCGAGCAGGCGAGAAAUCAGGCCUAGCAGACGACAACGUUGGUUAAACAGACAAGAAUCGGAAGAGGACCUCAUCGAAAUUAUCUGACUUAUCUGAUCGUGAAUGCACUGGAUUUCGUAAGUGGACCAUUAGCAGACGCAUGAACAACCAGGCGACAGGACAAUCGAAAUUCCGUUCUCAAUAACAUUUUCUCAGUUUUAACUUGAACGAACUUAUUUCUCCAAGGUUGCAUUAACAUCAGCCUGGGGAGGUCACAAGACGAUAAUUUUUCUGAAAAAGCGGACGCGUUUUUGUGCAUUCAGGUUGAAUCUGGAUUUAUAUUUUGGCGACGUUUACUCAAGCCUAUCACCAUGACUUCAGAGCAAUUAGAACUCGUGUCCAAAAUUGCCAACAGUUUGCAACCCGUCACGUCGUCGGACGAAGACAGCGACUCAAAACCGCCAAAGAAGGAACAACUGGAAAAUGCAGUGGACCAGGUCCUUAAGGGGUACGACUGGAGCCUCCUUCCGAUGGCCUGUAAGAACGGCAUGGACAAGAGACGGCCUCACAUCAAACGACCGAUGAACGCCUUCAUGGUCUGGGCCCAGGCUGCUAGGAAGAAACUGGCCGACGAAUACCCGAAUCUUCACAACGCGGAGCUGAGCAAGACACUUGGAAAACUAUGGAGACUGCUAUCCGAAGAUGAGAAGAAACCGUUUAUUCUGGAAGCAGAGCGUCUCCGCCAACAACACAAGCAAGACUUCCCCGAUUAUAAAUAUCAACCGAGGCGACGCAAGCCCAUCAAGGCACCCGGGUGUUCCAUCAAUGACGUCACCGACAGUGCGACGUCUGUCAUCAUGAGAGCUCUGCAUAACCCGCCCGCGUAUCCUGGGAAAUGGCAGUCGCCGGAGUGUAGCCAAGCCGCCAUCCCUCCGACACCACCCACCACCCCCGAGCAAGAUCUCCAGACAGUCGACCCCCUUGUUAAAGUUGGGAGGAAAACAUCCCCACUACCCCAAACUACUCCUAUCGACUUCAGCCGUGUCGAUCUGGAGGGUAUCAGCAGUGACGUCAUCAACGAACUCGGCCGAGACGUCAUGACGAAUUUCGACGACUCCGAGCUCGACAAGUACCUGCCAUCGUCCUCAACCCAGUCUCCGUCUAGUUCUUAUCACCAUAGCGACAGCGGAUACUUCAGUCCGUGUAACUAUAGCAACCAGAGUAACCAUAGCAGCCACAGUAACCAUGGAUACACGUCGCAAACAUGGAUGAACUCUUGCCGGGUGUCUUCAGGAUUUGACGAAACGGACUCACGACACCCAGCUUACCUGGCUAACCAGGGUACUGUGUCCUCCUACAGACCACAGGACGAAAACAGUCAAGGACCCUACACUCCUCAUUCAUUUGCGCCAAUCAAAACCGAAAACAUUUCAGAUCCUUAUUAUGCCUAUGUUACUGGUGCUCUUUCUGCGUACUCUCAAACCAUGGGGUACAUGACCUCGGACUAUUCAAACCAGGGCCUAGUCCCUGUCCCUCCCCCGUACGUCUGCUCUGGGAUGUCUGGUUACAACUCAUCAGAUUCGUGUAGUGGGAAGUUGUGAGUUUAGAAAUGUUACUCGUAGACAGUGGAUUAAAAGCAUAAUGCAUUAGGCCUAAGUUAUGUAAAUUUCAAACUAAGGACACCUUAGUUGGUUCUCAUAGGACUUGGUUGGAUGACCUUGCCAUGAAAAGAGCUUGAUGCAACAUUCACCUUUGGCUUUUGAACAUGCUAAGCAGAGUAACCUAGACCGUCAGCUGAAUAUGAAAGAAACGACACUUCGAUGACCAGGUGAAAAUCAAUAUACCAAACGUUGUAAAACCUCUUCAUUCAAAAUCGCAUAAACCCAUUACUUAGCUGACAAAAACCCCAACAUGCCCAAAGACACACAAAAUGGGCUACUUGAAGUCGGCCUAAUGGGUUUCUUGCCGGCUAACGAAGAAUCUUACAGUUGUUCUUCUCUAUAUAAAUGGCAGG